GAUGCGGGUGCACCUGGGCGCGGUGGCCGGCGCGGCGGCGCUGACCGGGGCGCUCAGCUUCGUGCUCCUGGCGGCCGCCAUCGGCACGGACUUCUGGUACAUCAUUGACACCGAGAGGCUGGAGCGGAGCGGCCCGGGGGCGCAGGACCCGGCGGGGGGCGCCAACCGCAGCCAGCUCGAACCUCUGAGCUCGCACUCUGGCCUCUGGCGGACCUGCCGGGUCCAGAGCCCGUGCGCGCCGCUGAUGAACCCCUUCUGGCAGGAGAACGUGACGGUCAGCGACUCGAGUCGACAACUUCUCACCAUGCACGGGACCUUUGUGAUUCUGCUGCCACUUAGCCUGAUCCUGAUGGUUUUUGGGGGGAUGACGGGGUUUCUGAGCUUCCUCCUGCGAGCCUCCCUCCUCCUCCUGCUCACGGGGACCCUCUUUCUCUUUGGAGCCCUGGUGACCCUCGCCGGCAUCAGCGUCUAUAUCGCGUACUCGGCUGCUGCCUUCCGGGAGGCGCUGUGUCUGCUGGAGGAGAAGGCCCUCCUGGACCAGGUGGACAUUCGCUUUGGCUGGUCCCUGGCCCUGGGCUGGAUCAGCUUCAUCUCUGAGCUGCUCACCGGGGUGGCCUUCCUGGCAGCAGCCCGUGUGCUCCGCCUAAGGCAGAGGCAGGACCAGGCCAUCUGAGCCCGGAAGCCUGGUCGCGGUGUGUGCUGUGUCCACGUGGGAUGGAGGAGGCC